CGCGUCUCCCCGGAAUCUCGCUUGCUUUUCCAACUCGCUUCUUUCCCUGCUUUCUGCUCGGUCAUUGAAAGUGCAAAAAACAGACUUCUUUCGCACCCCAUGGACGACCAGGACUUCCUCGCUAACGACGACGACGACGACUACGACUAUGAACGGACUCAGCGCGCCGCUAGAAACCUCGCGGCCCUCAGAGCUCCAGUCACUUACAAUAUCGAGUUCGAGAAACUAUUCAAUUUUAUGGAAGCUGGCAUUAUCGAUUUAGAAGCGCCUUAUCAGAGAGAAGUUGUUUGGAACGACGGGAAGCAAGGGCAUCUGAUAGAUUCACUCGUAAAGAACUACUAUGUUCCCCCCGCGAUCUUCUCAAUACGGGAGAAUCCCCUCGCAGAACAUGACAUCAGGAUGGCCAUCGAUGGGAAGCAGCGUUUGACCUCCAUACACAACUUCAUGCACAACAGGAUACCGCAGAUCGACUCGGCCGACGGAAUGAGAAUCUGGUUCUCGCAUCGGACGAGGGUCGGAGCAAAAAACCGGGUCAUGACCGAGCUGGAACGGAAGGAGUUCAAAAGUAAAAUACUGACGUGCGUGGAGUACCGCCAACUGAGCGAGGAACAGGAGCAGGAGAUCUUCCGCAGAGUACAACUCGGCAUGGCUCUGAGCACAGCCGAGAAGUUGUUUGCGAACCCGGGCCCGCUGGCUGACUUUGUACGAGAGCUCAUGGACACCUUCAAAGACCUCUGCUCAAUGGUGGACUCGAAACGCAAAGUAUCCUUUCAAAUUCUCCUCCAAGUCUACCUCACGGUCGUGGAAAAGCCCCGGAAAAUCUGCUCCGCCAAAGAACUGGAAACAAAGCUGAGCAAGAGGGAGGAUGUGGAGGAGAAGGACCAGAUCUUGCUCAAGAGCGUGUUGGACAUUUUCACAAACUUUAUCAAGAAGUAUCCCGAUGUGUGGACAACGCCUACUAAGAUGGCGCCAAUCGAAUUCAUAAUGUGCGCCUACCUCAUCGCCACAAAGGACUCCUCAGAAGCCGAGAUUGCAGAAAACAUCAUCAAGAUGCGAAAGAAGAUUCGCGAGAACUUCAUCGAUGUUCGCUCGAAUCAGCGGCUGUACGCGUUCAUUAAGGAUUAUAUCGACAACAAGAUUGAGUAGGCUGGUAUCGGCUUGGCCGUGGAGGACGGUAAUGGGGUGACAACGCAGCGUAUGGUCUCUCCCCUUUUGCAGUUAAGGGGGUUACCGUGGCGUAGGAUGUGUGUACAUCGUUUACAUACGUAGUUUUGUGCAUGUGUGCUUGGAGUCGAAUUCUGAAUCCUUCAUCUGAAAUAGAGAUCAUCCUGGU